AUGGCAGAUCCAAUCAGGAUAACGAUUACAGCGGUUACAGCGGUGCUCGGCGCCGCCAAAGCCAUCGUCGCCAUGAUCGACAAAGAGGAGCGCCAGAAACAUCAGAAGAAUGCAUCAGUUACCGAUCUUGAAGCAUCUGUCAACGCCCUCAAGGAGGACAUGAGCAUCUAUGGCCGUUUCCUGAACACGAUGUUUGCGGAAGAUGCCAAUCAAAGAGCACGCGUAAGGCUCUGUUCCGGCCCCGAGGGCUGUGAGGCUCUGAAUCAACUAGAUGUCUCCCUCGAGGGCGCGCGGCGCUGCUUGGAACAGACAGAGGUGGUGGAGACCGCACUCUCUGCCUCUGAAUCCAAUAGAGUGUGGCCGGCCAAACGGCCUCCUAUCGGAGAGCUGGUAAAGUCGCUCUUUCAAACCAACUUUGCUCCAAACGACGAUACCAUCGACAAGCUCUUGAGUGCAACCAAGGAUGUGGAUAUAUAUCGUGGCAAUUGCAAGUGCUCGUUCAAGCGGGUAUGGUAUCUAUAUCAACUCUAUCAGCAGCCUCCGAAUCAACAAGUAUCUAUGGAAAGCAUUCAAUCCGAUGGCAUUGAGAGUGCCUUGAAUGACGUCGAAAUGGCUUUCUACCAGCGGCCAUUUACUGUAUCCGCGGAGGGCAGUGUCCGUGUCGCGUUCAACAACCUGUCCAUGCUGAACCGAACCAGCGAAAACUCAACAAAACACAUGAAGCUGAUGAAAGACAUUGGUCACCGGUGGGCACAGAGUGGGAUGGAUCGAAAUGAUUUCCUAGGCCAACCUGGAAAACCCAUUUCCAAGAUCCAAGCCCUUGGAAGGCUACAAACGUCUCUGUUCGAGCUACUUUGGAGUGGUACGAUCGAGCAGAUGAAAAGGCCUCAAAACAUCGAAAUUCUGGCUCAGGAGAAGUCGGAAUUCAAAACCGAGCUGUACGAGCUUGAAAAGGCACUCCAAGAUGCAAUUUUUCGAGCCAAAAAAGAGAGAUUCGCCAUCGCUUUCUGUGGAAUGGUCAAAGCUGGGACGUCAUUGUUCCUCAACGCGCUCAUUGGCGAACCUAUUCUGCCAUCUAAUGAAUUACCAUCCACCGCCUGGCCGUGUCGGCUUCGCCAUGUUCCAGGCCAGACGACGCCGAUGCUUACUUACGACGAGGGGCCGUUUAUCUCCGGCCUAAAGGCGCUGCAGAAAGCGAAAUAUGGUCACCGACUCAGGAACUACCAACCUCCUUCCGAAGAUAUUUUCGAUGCAAUAUUCCAGGAUGAAGACGUAGCGACACCGACAGAAGAAGAGAUCAAGCUCAGGGAACUGUACGCACCUUGGGUUGACCUUCAUGCUGUGACAAGGAAGAACCUAGAAGAAUUCGAGUCUCCAUACUAUGUCUUACCCAAGUCAGCAAAGGGACACGAGGACGUUAAGAGAUUGCUAGGGAUUCUAAACGACAUCAUUCGACUCUGCUUCCGCUUCAAGCUCGUUUUCAAGAUGGAUGAUGUCGAGUGGCCAUUACUGACCGUGGAAUUCAACUCGCUUGGUGACCACCCAAUGGACGGCAUAUACGAGUUUAUAGACCUCCCGGGGUUGGGAGAGCAAUUUGAAACACUUCGAGGCCAUGGUUCGACUGGUAGCAAAGGACUCAAACGCAAUUGUACCCAUCAUCUCAUUCAAAGAAUUGGCCCGCAGGCAAGUACUCGAAGGCUCCGUUUCCAUCAGUACUCAUCAUUACUCAGUGAUUGGAAGAAGCUACCGGACACUGUAUCGAGUGGAUUUGGUGCUCGAGCAAACAUUGUCAUCUGCACUCAUCUGGAUCAAAUUCACGGCGAGAACCUCAAUGAACAAUUAUCAAUCGUUAGCAAGGUCUUUUGGCCCGGUAAUCUCAAGGGAGUGGCGUCUAACGACAUCAUUCCCUGCUCGUCGUUGAUGGGUCUGAGCGCGCGAGCCCUUUUGGACUUGUCAAGAGGGAAAUCAAAGCCACAAUUUACGUCAUUCUGGGAUCCGAAGCGGAAGAAAGUCAGCCACCCGUGUGCUGAAAAAAUCCUCGGCGUCAGCCAGCCUGAGCAGAACUAUGAGAGGAUGCCGACCGAAUUUUGGAAUGCCGAGCUCGAACGGGAGAUGAAAGAGAGCGGCUUGCCAGACGCAAUCCAAAAGCUGGCCCGAGAAAUGGUCGAUCAAGCCAAACAACGGGCUCUCAUUCAGGAAUGCCAGGCUGUGUGUAAACAGCUUCGCAAGAUGAUUACCGCCCAAGAACGCAAGCUCCUCGAAGCCAGACGCACGAAACGAGACUUUGAUGCCGCAAAAAAGGAAUUCGAAGAUGCCCGAGCGAAUUUAUAUGCACUGAUCAAUACAUGGAAUCUUAGCAAAACCACCCAGGAGCAGAUCUAUAAAGACAAGCUGGACAGAGUAAUCAAGGCGCUCUCACAGAAAGCCGAAUCCUUCAUACCCCUCGCCAUAGAAAACACGCUCAACGAUUGGUCCCUCGGAUCCGUCAAACAAGAGAAAGAUAUCGAGUCGAGUAGAGCCCCGGAAACAACAAAAGCAACAAUGCAACAUAGUACUACUGUACUGAUCCUCGAAAGUGCGGCGCACGCAGAAGAAUUCCUUUGCCUCAGUCAAACCGAGCUCACAAAGUCGUUGAACGAGCUCAGACGGGACUUUGUGAUCAGUGUUCGGAAGAUGGCAGAGGAGGCGCGAGCAAAGCAUUUUCAAGAUCUGAAAGACAAAAUCAAAUAUCUCGAUCCAAAGAUGCAGCCAGAGUUCCGUAAAGAAAUCAUCGAGGAUCUGAACGAUCAAUCUGUCAAUAUUCGUCAAGUUGCAUUCAAACAGAUCAGAAAUAAGAUCAAGAUAAUCAAGACUUGGGGACGAAACAAGCAAACGAUCUAUCUCGCCAUGGAUGUCAUUGAAGGCCACUACCGGGAGGAAAUCGUCAAGCCGUGGAUCAAGGAUCUGGCGAGAGAGAGCGAAAAGUCGCUGAUUGGAACAAUCACAGCUAGUUCCCAGGUCGCGAGGACGGCGGUAGAGAACGCAUUGGCACGUGAAGAUGCACGAUACAAGCGGGAAAGUGAAGAGCGAAUCCCGAACAAGUACGGAGUGGUACAGAACAUGGUGGCACUCAACAGCUCGCUAUGGGCGGCAGAGAGUGCUCUUCAAACGAUUUGGAAAGAACUCCUUGAAUCACUGAACGUCAUGGGCAAGGCACCUCUCAAUACCACUGAAUCUAUUGUGGAGGAAACCCUUGACACGAUGCAUACAGGCACAGAGAGUGUAUUGAUCCAGGGAGAAUCGAGAGAGGGGGAGCGAACAGUGAUGCCGUUUCCACAAGCAGAACAAAUGGAAGGUAGAUCCUCUGAAGCAAGCAUUUUGCGAGGCAAGAACUCAGAGGUUUUGGGAAGUGGCUCUGAAUCACCAGGUUCUGCGCUCGAGGGUAUCAAAACGUCCGUGCAACAGUAUACCCACGCUGCAACUCAAACAUUGGCCGAAGGAUCUGACAAGGAAUCCGAUUCUUCUUCAUCUGAUCCAUCGUCAACUUAUGGGCGCGUUAAUGGUGUCGACGUACCGCUCAAAUAUGCUCACGCUGCAAUCCAAACCCAAGUCGAGGCAGUUCUCGAAGAAUCAUAUCCCUUUCAUCCAGGGCAUUUAGCAACCGUCAAAGAGGACCCUGACCCGCUGAUUCCGAUGUUGCAGGAUUUAUUGCAUCAGCGGCGUCCAGUUGAGCUGUACAACGUAACCAACAUCAGCAAUCAUCCCUUUGCCUACGGCGGAUAUGCCCAAAUUUACGCUGGCGAAUUUCAGGGACGCCAAGUGGCUGUGAAGUGCAUCACCCCUCGGAGAAACCGGACUAGGCCCGCGCCAUGGGAACAAUCGAUGAGUAGGAGAGUUGAUAGAGAAAUCGAAGUAUGGAGCGCGCUUUCUCAUCCUAAUAUUCUCGAUUGCCUCGGGUACUAUUGUAACACCAAACUCGCCGACUUCCCUUGUAUUGUUUCUCCACUGUGCGUUCAUGGAUCGUUGGAUAUCUAUCUACGGGAGUCUCCCAACAUUACAGACGCCGAGCGCCUGCGAUUGGUUUCCCAAACAUCUCUGGGAAUAGCGUAUUUGCAUGAUCUCGGCAUCAUUCACGGUGAUCUAAAACCACUGAAUAUACUCGUCGACGAACACUAUCAAGUCCGCCUCUGUGAUUUUGGCCUGGUUCGUGCCCUGGAGGGGCUCGAGCCGACCCCGACCCCAUACAUCGCAACGCCUCUCUACAUGGCCCCAGAAUUGAGUGAUUAUCGAGUGUCAACGUUUGCAGGGGAUAUCUGGGCGUUUGGUUGCAUCGCAUUAGAGGUUAUAGAAGGCCUUCAACCUUAUGCACGACGGCAGAACGAGAUGAGGACCUAUGGUCGGGCAUACAGAAAUCAAUACCCAGCUGACAAGAGCAUGAGCCGUUGGCCUCAAUCUGACUUUAAAGAGGCGGCCUGGGCACUCAUGAAAAGCUGCUGGAAUCAAUUUCCCUUUCUCCGACCUCCGAUUAAGAGCAUGGUUUGCCAACUGCAAAUGAUGGAGGAAAUGUUGCCCCUCGAGGAGUAG